UCUCCUCCAUGAUCUAUGGCAAAUAGUUUGCAGCACUUGUUGUCGCACUUACGUCAAUUAUUGCCGGCUAGCCGAUCAGUCUACUCGGCGCGUGCGUAUGUUCUCAGAUGGGAAGAGUUAUGAUUGAUUAGCAACUUCAUGGAAAUUUUCGGGUUUGUUUGCGAGCUAGCCUACCGUUAAACGGUUAGCUUGUUUGCUCGUUAUUUGCAUGACCGAGUUAGGGAUGGAGAAUUUGGUUUUCAAUUAGGGUGACUGAGGAUCGAAUGUAAUUGUAUAUAAAGGUUGGAUUCAGUGGCUAUGACCAGUCAACUAGUUACUACAAGAAGAUGAAGACCUGGAGGGCUGGUGUUGGAGCGAUUGGAGUUCUGCUGGUUUUGACAUGUCAAGUCACCGCUCAAAUUUUAAGUGAUGAGUUCGUGCAGGGCAUUCAUAGACAGUUACGAACGGCCGAGUAUUUCAAUGAUCCUAAACCCUGUGCCCCCGGACAGUUGACGGUUUGUAUCGGUUGCAAAAAAAUCAAGAUUUGCAUUGGGGCUGAAACUGAAGACGGUAAUCCAGAGCAGGAUUGCCCCGCCGCUACACCACACUGCAACAGUGAGGAAGGUGGAGUUUGUUCCACUAUUCCGGACCCACUUGAAGAGUGUGCAGCAGCCGCCACAGAGUUCACCUGUACCGCCAGCGGAAAAUUCCCGGAUCCGUACUCCUGCGAUGGGUACUACUACUGUGAGACUGUCGGUGGUCUUGGAGAUGCCUACAAAUGUCCAACCGGAUACAACUACAACAGCAAGGUUCAACUGUGUCAAAGAGCUUUCGGUGCCUUUGGUGGGUGCCAACCGGUCAACUGCACCGGCGUAACAGCCAUCUUCACCCAGUAUCCGGGAAAUCCGCAGUACUUCUUCUAUUGUAAGCCCGGAGCGGACGAAACAAUUCCAAAGGAACCAAUCAUGUUUUCGUGCGGCGAUGGAGCCUCGUUCGAUGUUAAGGAAAACAAGUGCAUCUACAAGUGUCCUCGCGAGGGACUGUUCAAGAAGGAAGGCAGUCCGGCGUCGUACUAUCAGUGCUACUUUUCCGGCGGAAGACUUGUGGCUAAGGAGAAGAAGUGUCCCGGUGAAGGUCAGGUGUUUGACGAAACGAAGAAGACUUGCUUGAAAAGUAUGAUGAAUGAGUCGUUUAGAAAACAAUCCUGUCGGAUCUCUGCGCAAGACGAUUUGUUUUCGGUGGGCACACUGAGAGCAGCAACAGCGGCGAUUGAUGAGUUCGAAUCUCCAUCGGCCUGUGCCGCGGGACAGUUGGCGGUCUGUGUCGGCUGCAAGAAGAUCAAGAUUUGA